GGCCUCUUAUUUGGGCGUGUAAUGCUGUCUAUAACCGCAGUGGGCUUCAUUUUCAUUCUCACAUCAACCUCCUACUGGCAUUUUAGUCUUAACUUACACCAUGUUUGUGGGAUCUGCUGUGACAUGUCUGCUCGCCCUUGCGAGUGUUCUGCCAGCAGGGCAGACAAGAAUCAUAGGGCCCCGCUCUCCACCACUGAAAACGUCCAGCCUUUCAAUGGCUGAAAACACUUGCAGCGACUGCACCAAGAUCAUUGAGCUUUUUUUGGACAUGCUCUCCAAACCAGACACACAGGAACUGAUCAGAGACUCUGUCAAUCAGCUUUGUGGUCGUCUUCCAGGGACAGCAGCCAUUACUGACUGUGUUGAAAAAGUGAAAACAUAUCUGCCAGUUGUCAUAAAAGGUUUCAUUUCUUUUGCUAUACAUAAAGAGGGUGACAUCUGCAUGGUGCUUGGACUGUGUGCAGUCCAGCAAGAAAGCAAAGCACCAGAGGUGCUUCAUGUUAGCCUGGAAGCAGUUGGUUUCCUCCAAGCACAGCCUUCAACAGGGACUAGUCAUGAGGUGCAAAUCAGUCCCCAAUGCACAUUCUGUCUUUUUAUCAUCAAAAAAUUGGAAGAUAUGUUGCCAAAGGAGAGAACCGAAAAAAGUAUAGUGGAGGCUCUGGAGAAAAUCUGCAGCUACUUGCCUGAUCACUACAAAGAGCAGUGCAACAACUUCUUGGAAACGUAUGGCAAGCAGAUCAUUGACUUCCUGCUCACCUCUGCCACUCCCCAUACAAUAUGCACUCUGCUACACAUGUGUCUUGUACAGGAGAGACCUGCUAUGGUGCCCUACCUGCCAUCGGACUGUCAGUCUUGUAAAACACUGGUGAUCCUGACCCAGAUUGGCCUGGGCCAGAAUGCUACUGAGCAUCAGACUUCCUCUAUGCUCUGGAAGACAUGCCUUCACCACCCUAAUGCACUUCCAGGGUGUGAACUGUUUAUUCAGCGUCAUGGCCUGGCGCUAGUGAGGAUUCUGGGAAAACAAGACAAAGCCGUAACCACAUGCCAGGAGUUCUUCUGUAAGGGACAUGAAUAGCAUGGUGGAGCUUCAAGCAAAGAACCCCUUGACAAUUUGACGAUGUUUAAUUUGCAUUCUGUCUGUAUUACCUCAUAAAGGCAGAGUACCAAGAUCAACAAAUGGGUGAUUUACAAAUGGGUUUUUAUCGUGACAAUCGUUUUGCA